GAGCCGUCCGUCCGUUUCUGCGCUACUCUGGAUGUCAGAUUUGAGAUGAAGGAGGGCGGAGAGGGAGUCAGUCUGGUCAUUGCAUGGUUUCACAACCGUUUGAGCUGUUUGGAAUGGACCUAAAAGGGAGACUGAAAGCCACAGAAAGUGGAAAUCAAUACAUCUGUGUGAUGACCGACUAUUACACCAAAUGGACACAGGCAUACCUGAUUACCUCAAAAACAGGAGAAGAGGUCACAAAACAAAUACUUAAAUUUCUCUUUCAAUUUGAGGCACCAAAAAGAAUUCUAACAGACCAAGGCACAGAGUUUGUGAAUUCGACAAAGAACAUCUGUGAAAAACUUGGGAUUAAAACGAGUCUCUGCGCACCCUACCAUCCACAGACAAACGGUUUGGAAGAAAGAAUGAACGGCACUAUCCAAUGAUCUCUGUACAAACUUUUGGGGUCCAAACCAUACACUUAGGACGAGUAUCUGGACACAGUAAUAUUUGGACUUAGGACAAAAAAACAAAUGACCACAAAGUUUUCAUCUUUCUUUUUAAUGUUUGGAAGGGAAGCUCGGUAUCCAUUUGAGAUCCCUGAGAAAUAUGAGGUUUUAAACAUUAAAAAGUGAAGUUUCAAUUGUAUUGUAAUCACAUAUCAAUUCCAUUGAUGUGUGUUACAGAACAACAGUCCCCACAGUUUAUGGAGGAAGAGACUGUGACUGAAUGCAAAGCAUCUGGAUGCCAUAAAAGAUCUCAUCAAGGAAAAUGUGACCAGAUCACAAACCUUGACAGAGAAAAGUUUGCACUCAGCUAGCAGAAAGUGUGAAACAGUUGGUGUUGACAAAAUGUAAGUCAACAAAGAAAAGGGGGUAAGUUGGAGUCCAACUUUCUUGGACCAUUGAUCAGCAUUCAGCCCUCCAGGGAAAGAAUGCUGACCUUAUUGCAGACAAUGGAGCACUGUAUAAAAACAUCAACAUCAAUCACCUAAAACACUUUAAACUACAAAAGCCACAAAUUCCACACAAGAUAACAAUACCAAAAACAGGAGCCCAGACAUCAGCUCCUCCAGCCCUUCCAACCACCUCAGCUCCUACAGUCUCUCAAGCCGCCUCGGCUCCACUCCCUACAGCCACCUCGGCUCCAUUCCUUAAAACCGCCUCGGCUCCAUUCCUUCCAACUGCCUCGGCUUAUACAGUCCCUCCAGCCGCCUCAGUUCCUACAGUUCUUCCUACCGCAUCGGCUCCUACAGUCCCUCCAGCCAACUCGGCUCCGACAGUUGCAUCCAACCACCUCGGCUCCAGUCCUUCCAAUCGAUUCAGCUCCUACAGUCCCUUCAACCACCUCGGCUCCUACAGUCCCUUCAACCACCUCGGCUCCUACAGUCCCUUCAACCACCUCGGCUCCUACAGUCCCUUCAACCACCUCGGCUCCUACAACCCCUACAACCACCUUAUCUGACACGAUUUCAACAGAACCGUUGGAACAACCGCACAGAACACAGAGUUUAAACAUUUUAAUGCUGGAUCAACAGAAAUAAAUGGGCUGCAUUUACUUCCGGCCCUCCAUCUGCAUUGGGUGAUGUCGAUGCUACGUCAUCUGAAGCCCAGCAAUUCAGAGUUUUAAACAAGGUAUGGAGAUGAACACAUAAAGGCACCCAUGUCCUCCUGUCAAAGAUAGGACCAUACAAAUUACUUUGCUGGGACUUUGCCAGAAUUUGUCCUGGACAAAAGCUGGAGAGUGAGUUUAUUAAUGCCUACCUUCAUCUCAUGGUCAACAACUUUAAUUGGAAUCAACAGCAACAAGCCACGCUAAUUGACAGCUUUGAAAUGUCACGGGUUUGGCUCAAAAAAAGUUCCAGGUUAAAGAUUGAUCCAGAAAAAUUCAAAGUAAUUGUGGGGAUUGUUAAAGUCACCAUUGGAGGCAGUAAGCACAUUUAUGAGAAGCAAAGGGAUGAAAGUAUCAAGGUGGAAAUGUGAAACAGUCCAACAUGCCAUCCAGCAAGAUGAUGUUUCAUGUGGUGUGUUUGCUCUUAAUGUGCUGUUAACAAAAAUGUGUACUUGACUAGGACUACUUAUAUUUUCUAUGUACUGUCAAUUUAUAUAACCUUAAUGUCUACUGUGCUCUCUCUUUCCACAUACAUCUUUAUCUUUAGAUAGAUAGCUUUAUCUAUGUCAUGAUUUGUCGUUUUGGUGAUGAUAAGGAUGGACACGGUGGACCCAGGUUGCAGAGUAAAUGAUGGUUUUAAUGGUGAUAAAAAAGGGCACAAAAAGUCCAGGCAGCACAGAUGAGCAUUUAGGCAAGGAACUCACACUGGUAGCAACUGGAACAGAACUAGUCAACGACAGACACGACCAGGAUCCAACAAGGAGCAGAGAACACAGGAUUUGCUCACCGUUAACUGCACACUUUCACUGUUGCCGUGCCAAACUGCGGAUGCACAGAAAGUACGAGAGUCAAAGGAGGCAUCUGUACCACUCUGCGAGAAGGCACAGUGCUGUGGUGAUUUCAGGAACAGAGUUGGCCCGUCAGAUUCACAGAGAAAUCCAGCGUGAUGUGGAAGAGCUAGUCGCUCAUGGCAACAUGAGACCCCAUCUUGGCGUCAUCUUAGUCGGAGAUGACCCAGCCAGUCAUACCUAUGUUAAGAACAAGACCCGGGCAGCCACCAUCCUGGGUAUUUCCAGUGACACAGUGGUUCGGCCCAGCUCGGUUUCCCAGGAGGAGUUGCUGGAGCUGAUUGAUGAGAUGAACCGUGACUGGAGGGUCAGCGGUCUCCUGGUGCAGCUGCCACUUCCAGAGCACAUCAACGAGCGAGCUGUGUGUAAUGCAAUCGCUCCAGAGAAGGAUGUUGACGGUUUCCAUAUUGUGAACAUUGGAAAGUUGUGCCUGGACCAGAGAUCGAUGGUACCUGCGACGCCUGCAGCGGUCUGGGAGAUGAUCAAAAGAGCAGGAAUUGAGACAGUGGGAAAGAAUGUCUUGGUUGCUGGUCGCUCCAAAAAUGUUGGAAUGCCUAUUGCUAUGUUGCUGCAUACAGAUCGCAACCAUGAACGCCCUGGAGGUGAUGCCACAGUGACGAUCGCUCACAGAUGUACACCAAGGGAUCAGCUGAAAAAACUAACUAUCCUGGCUGACAUCAUCAUUGCAGCAGCAGGUGUUCCAGGUCUGAUCACAGCAGACAUGGUGAAAAAGGGUGCAGCAGUUAUUGACGUCGGCAUAAAUCGCAACCUGGACCAGCACACAGGGAAAGUCCGGCUCAUCGGGGAUGUGGAUUUUGAGGGAGUGAAGGAGAAAGCAGGUUUCAUAACACCUGUUCCCGGAGGUGUGGGUCCAAUGACUGUUGCCAUGCUCAUGAAAAACACUGUGACUGCUGCCAGAAAUGCACUGAUGCAUUAAAAAAAGUAUACACCCUUCAUUUUAGUUUGCAUUGCAGAGAGGUAAAAGCAUAGGAACAUGCGAUAACCUGCAUACAUUUCAGCACACACUCAAAAACGAACCCUUCUGCUGAACAAUUACACACUUUUAUUUCAACAGUUUUGACCUCAAGAUUUCAUACUUGCCUGGAAACCUACUUGAUAUGUACCAUGUUUACUUCCAUAUUUAUUUAUUUUAUUAUUGCAAUUCAGAUUUUGCUUUUGUACAUGUUAGAUUAAUAUUUUUUCUACUGCAGUGUUUUGAUUUAUUGAAUAUGCUUAGAAAUUAGCAAGAAAGAAGUCAUAAUAAAAGUGGGUUUCAGUCAGUGUCAUGUCAAUGGGUUUGUUUUUCCAUUAUCAGUAUUAAAUUUCUGUAUAAUUGG